AUGUUUGUGUGGGUUGUAGCGGAAAGAAUGUUGCAGUUAGAAAACGAAGGUCCUGUCACUCGACGGAAGAUAGUGUCAGCAGUAUAUUCGCUUUUCAAUCCCUUAGGCUUUAUUGCUCCGUUUGUUAUGAAGGCGAAGUUAAUACUGCAAAUGCUUUGUAGAAAAGGACUUGGAUGGGAUGAUCACAUUCAGGCGAACGAACUUUCGCAAUGGAAACGUUGGGUAGUUGAUCUCCCAAAGCUACAAGAAAUUCGGGUUCGCCGCUGUUUUAAACCUGCAGGAUUCAUAGAAGUUAAAGAUGUGAGUCUACAUAUUUUCUCCGACGCCUCUCGACUUGGCUAUUCGGCGGUGGCAUAUUUGCGUCUAAAGAAUGGAAACAACGAAAUACACUGCUCAUUUGUAAUUGGGAAGGCUAGACUCGCUCCAUUAAGGGAGAUUUCUAUUCCAAGACUGGAAUUAACGGCUGCCGUCAUUUCCGUAAGACUUUCGAAGAUUAUUCGAGAAGAAUUAGAUAUGGUAGUGCAAAGAGUUUGUUACUGGACAGAUUCAAUGUCAGUCCUCAAAUGUAUUAACAACGAAAGCAAAAGAUUUCACACAUUCGAGUCCAACCGUUUGUCAGUGAUUCGUAGUGGAUCGCACCCAUCCGAGUGGAAUUACGUGAACCGAGACGACAAUCCCGCCGAUGAAGGUUCCAAGGGCGUUAGAUUGGACGUGUUGAGAAAUAAAGGCCAAUGGUUAAAAGGUCCUGCAUUCCUUUGGGAGGAUGAAAGCCAUUGGCCGAAGGGAAUAACAAUUCCUGAAUUAAUGGAUGAAGACCGAGAGGUAAGGAAGGAAGCCCAAAUCUACGUGACUGCAGAACAGCCUCAUUUGUUGGAUAUGUUGAUUUCACGCCACUCCGUUUGGUGGAAGUUGAGGUGUUCUGUUGCUUGGUUGUUACGUUAUAAGGAUUAUCUUCUUAGCAAGGCGAGACAAAGGAAAGUUAUUUCUGGUCCUCAUUUGGAAUCGGAAUUUAAAGUUGGACGACUAACAAUGGAAGAAUUGGAUGCCGCCGAUAGGGAGAUCUUCGCACAUGUACAGAACACCACAUUUUCUCAAGAACUAAAACUGUUUGCAGUUCCAGGAAAUGGAAAGGAGUUUGACAAGGCACUACUCAGAAAAUCAGGAAUCUCCAUCCGACAAUUAAAUCCAAUGAUGGUGAACGGCUUACUAAAAGUUGGAGGCAGGCUUGGUAAUGCGCCAAUCAAUGGGAAAUCAAAACAUCCUAUUAUUCUACCCUUCAAGCAUCCCGUCACAGAUAUGAUAAUUCGUCAACAUCAUGCUGAAGUAGGUCAUAUGGGUCAAGAAUCCGUCUUAUCGUCACUAAGAAAGGAAUUCUGGAUAAUUAAAGGAAGAACAGCAGUUCGACGCGUAGUACGAAGUUGCCUAGCUUGUCAAAGAAGAAAGGCUCGUUUGGGUGAGCAGCUAAUGUCAGAUCUACCAAAAAGCCGAGUGACACCUCAAAAACCUCCUUUUACUAUAGUAGGAAUCGAUUAUUUUGGACCCAUGCUGGUGAAAAGAGGUAGAUCGUUGGUGAAAGGAUAUGGUUGCCUUUUCACAUGUUUCACGACCCGAGCAAUCCAUAUAGAAAUAGCUCAUUCCUUGGAUACAGACUCGAUGAUCAACGCUCUCAGGAGAUUUAUUAGCAUGCGAAUUUUGUUAGUGCUAACAAGGAAUUGA